GGUUGCGUGCGCCCCGCCCCUCUCUGAGAGCUACGCGGCGGCGCAGCACAGGCCUCGUGCGGUAACGGCAUCCGGGCAGCCGCGGUGGCGUCCCGGUGCGGUCCUCAGGUGACUGGAGCCGCGGGCUCGGCGGAGGGAAGUGCUGACGCUACUGAAAGAUGGCUGAAGAAGUGGUGGUGGUGGUGGCCAAAUUUGAUUAUGUGGCACAGCAGGAACAAGAGCUGGAUAUCAAGAAGAAUGAGAGAUUAUGGCUCCUGGAUGACUCUAAAUCCUGGUGGCGAGUUCGAAAUUCCAUGAAUAAGACAGGUUUUGUCCCUUCUAACUAUGUGGAAAGAAAAAACAGUGCUCGGAAAGCAUCUAUUGUUAAGAACCUGAAGGACACCUUAGGUAUUGGAAAAGUGAAAAGAAAACCCAGUGUUCCAGAUACUGCAUCUCCUGCUGAUGAUAGCUUUGUUGAUCCAGGAGAACGUCUCUAUGACCUUAACAUGCCUGCUUUUGUGAAAUUUAACUACAUGGCUGAGAGAGAGGAUGAGUUGUCAUUGAUAAAAGGGACCAAGGUGAUCGUCAUGGAGAAAUGCAGUGAUGGAUGGUGGCGUGGCAGCUACAAUGGACAAAUUGGAUGGUUUCCUUCAAACUAUGUAACUGAAGAAGGUGACAGUCCUUUGGGUGAUCAUGUAGGCUCUCUGUCAGAGAAAUUAGCAGCAGUUGUCAAUAACCUAAAUACGGGUCAAGUAUUGCAUGUUGUACAGGCUCUUUACCCGUUUAGCUCAUCCAAUGAUGAAGAACUCAAUUUUGAGAAAGGCGAUGUAAUGGAUGUUAUUGAAAAGCCGGAAAAUGACCCAGAGUGGUGGAAAUGCAGGAAAAUCAAUGGCAUGGUUGGCCUGGUGCCAAAAAACUAUGUUACCAUUAUGCAAAAUAAUCCAUUAACCUCAGGUUUGGAACCAUCGCCUCCACAAUGUGAUUACAUUAGGCCUUCACUCACUGGGAAGUUUGCUGGCAAUCCUUGGUAUUACGGCAAAGUCACCAGACACCAGGCAGAGAUGGCAUUAAAUGAAAGAGGGCAUGAAGGAGACUUCCUCAUUCGUGACAGUGAAUCUUCGCCAAAUGAUUUCUCAGUAUCUCUAAAAGCACAAGGGAAAAACAAGCAUUUUAAAGUCCAGCUGAAAGAGACUGUUUACUGCAUUGGGCAGCGGAAAUUCAGCACCAUGGAGGAACUUGUAGAACAUUACAAAAAAGCACCGAUCUUUACAAGUGAGCAUGGAGAAAAAUUAUAUCUCGUCAAGCAUUUGUCUUGAUAGUGCUCGUCAGCAGUGACUGCUCCACAGCUUUAACUCGUCAUGUAACUGGAGACUGAGAAAGUGUUGGGCCAAUUGCACUUGCUUAGAAAGUGCUGUUUCUAACUCUAGGAGAAUUGGCUAUAUAUAAUACGCGAGUACUUUAGUGAUAACUCAGCCCAUACGUAUGUAUGUACUACAUAUGCAGCGCAUCUCUGUAGCAGAGUUCUUUAUUCUUGGUCUUCUGUCUUACUGUUUUCUUUACUGUUUUUCUCUUUCUUUCCAACAAUGAAUAAUUUGGUUCAAAAUCUUUAUAUGGAAGAAUUCAUUUAUUGCUGUUUCUUUAUUUCCUUGUAAAGAUAGCCUGUUCUCCCAUAGUUCCUCUUCACAUAAAAUUAUAUCUAUAUGGCAUAUGAUAAAGGACAUUCUUGUAAAGUGUUAAUCUUUUCUGUGACUAAAUAGCAAUAAUAAACAGAAAAUAAGAAAUUA